AUGGUGACGCGGGGCCUUUCGCCGCGCACCACGGCCAUCAUCGGCCUGGUCGUGGCCAUCAACAUCAUCGUCCUCUCGCUCGGGCUCAAGUCUGGCCUGAGAUUCCGGGCCGCACCGCUCUUCGGCUUCGUCGGCCCACCCAAUCACACCCGUCCAGCCCCUCCUCGCCUGCCGGGACUUCCCGUCCAGCCCGGCAGGCCUGAGGAAUGGAGGCUGAACACGGACCGCGAGUACCUUCUGGACAUGGCUUGGGACUUCAACGCCGCCCCGACAACCAGGAGCUACGAAUUUGUCAUCACCGAGGGCAAGGCCUGGCCAGACGGCGUCGUCCGUGACAUGCUGCUGGUCAACGGCCAGUUCCCCGGGCCCCUGAUCGAGGCCAACCGCGGGGACAGGAUCCUGGUGAACGUCACCAACAUGCUCGCCUCUGAGCCCACCGCCAUCCAUUGGCACGGGAUCCACCAGCGGGGUACCCCCUGGUUUGACGGCACCGCCGGCGUCACCCAGUGCGGCAUCCCCCCUGGACAGUCGCUGCUCUACAACUUCACCCUUGACGGCCAGUUUGGCACCUUUUGGUGGCAUGCUCAUCACUCGGCCCAGGCCAUCGAUGGCGUCCUGGGGCCCAUGGUCAUCCACGCCCCAGAGGAGGCAGCUCUCCGCGAGACCUACCAGCAUGACAGGGUUCUCCUCCUGCAAGACUGGUAUCACGACACUAGCAAAGUCGAUAUUGCCAAGUACAUGGCGCCCAAUGUGGAGAACAAUGAGCCCAUCCCCUCGUCUGGGCUCAUCAACGGACGCAACUACUUCGACUGCGCUCGCUACGGCCCCGACUCUGGUAAAUCGUGCUACGGCAACGUUUCGCACUCUGUAUUUACCUUGGAACCUCACACCAAGACCCGCCUCCGCCUCAUCAACGGCGGGGCUUUUGCUAGUUUCGAGUUCUCCGUCGACAAACACUCUCUGAGUGUCAUCGAGGCCGACAGCACUUUAACCAGACCACACACAACCCACCGACUGCCAAUCCACGUCGGCCAACGAUACAGUGCCGUUCUGGAUACUAACCAGGAAGCGAAUGCUAACUACUGGAUUCGAGCGGCCAUGGUCAAGUUUUGUUUCAAAGGAGACGAAAACCCGGUGCUGGACUCGACGACAAGAGCAGUUCUCUCCUACGGCGGCAAGACGGACGCCACUCUCGCUCCUGACCCUGCGCAGUCGAUUGACUGGCAGGGGGAGGCGAACGCAGUCGUCUGCAAGGAUCCGGAGGAUGCAACACUUGUGCCUCUGGUCAGAAAACCGCCACCACCAGCGACUCGAUUCGUCGCCGUCGAUUUCCAUUUUGCCAUCGGCGCGAAUCAAAUGUCAUACGCAAAAGCCAACGAGACGGUCACCUGGAAGCCGCAGAGUAACUCGACCACGCUGCUGGACGCGGUCGAGGGUUUGAGAUCUCCCGUCGCGGCGAGCUGGUCGAUACCGGCUCCAGAAGGCCGGGUUGGGGUAUUCCAGCAAGACCAGUACGUGGUCGGGGUCAGCCACGACACCACCGAAGUUGUGGACCUGCUGGUGUAUAGCCUUGACGACGGCAGCCACCCCUUCCACUUGCACGGGCACGACUUCUGGAUCAUGGAAAGGGGUGGUGGCGCCUUUAACUGGACACGCUACCACGGCGAGGUUACCGUGUCGGGACCGUCUGUUGCCGAUAGACCCCGGAGGGACACGGUGACGAUCGAGCCCUAUUCGUGGGUGCUGGUUCGCUUCAUUGCCGACAACCCGGGCCUGUGGGCGUUCCACUGCCAUAUGGCUUGGCACAUGGAGGCCGGGCUGCUUCUGCAGUUCAUGAGCGGGGCGAGCACGUUGGCCAAGACCGACAUCCCGGAGCACAUUGUUUCCCUCUGCGCCUCAGCGGGGUGA